UGCCCAGGCCCACCCCCGGGAUAUCUUUGGGGAGCUUAUUGUGGGAUUAAGGUUUGGGGUGGUGCAAAGAAGGGAGCUGCAGACUCACUUGAACGUGGGGAAGAAAUCUUCACAGCAGCUCCCCAGGGAUGUCCUCGGGUUUCUGGGCGUGAGAGGAGGGGCCUGCUUGGUGGUUUUGCUGGUUAAUAGUGAUUUCCUACUUCCAGGAAUCUUCUGCAGAAAUACAGCUCCCAGCUAGAGUGAGGCCUGAGUACCGCCUUGGCCCAGGAUGGCCAGAGAAUCGAAGGAAAGCGCAGCCCUGGACGCCCAGUCUGCAGAGGACCAGAUGGGGCUUCUGGUCAUAAAGGUGGAGGAGGAAGACGCCUCUGCCUUUGUGGAGGAGGCCAGCCUGAGGGGCAGCCCGGUUCGGGGUUCGGAGCACUCCCGCCAGCGCUUCCGGGGCUUCCGCUACCCCGAGGCCGAGGGGCCCCGCGAGGCGCUGAGCCGGCUCCGGGAGCUCUGCCGACUGUGGCUGCGGCCUGAGAUGCACAGCAAGGAGCAGAUCCUGGAGCUGCUGGUGCUGGAGCAGUUCCUGACCAUCCUGCCGGGGGACCUGCAGAGCUGGGUGCGGGAGCAGCAUCCGGAGAGCGGCGAGGAGGUGGUGGUGCUGCUGGAGUAUUUGGAGAGGCAGCUGGAAGAGCCGAUGCCGCAGGUCCCAGGUGGUGACCAGGGGCAAGAACUGCUCUGUUGCAAGAUGGCACUGUUGGCACCAUCCCAGGGGUCACAAAGUAGCCAAUUCCAGCCGAUGAAGGCUCUGCUCAAGCACGAAUCUCUGGGAUCCCAGCCCUUACCAGACAGAGCUCUCCAGAUUCCCGGGCUUGCCCGGGGAGGGUGCUGCAGAGAAGAUGCAGUGGUAGCUGCCAGGCUCUCUCCAGAGCCCCAGGGGCUGCUGAAAAUGGAAGAUGUGGCUCUGACCCUCUCCCCUGGAUGGACCCAGCUGGGUUCACCUCAGGUGAACUUCUACAGAGGUGAAAGGCAGAACUGCGGCAGCCUCAUCUCCCUGGAUGGUGAAAUACAGACUAAGAUCAGGGACUUGCCUCCAGAUGAGGAACAUCCAGAACAGGAGCCUGGGGAAAUACCGUGCCACCCGGGUGAAGCCACUGCCCAGACUCCUACAUGUGCAGAAGCUGGUGAACAGGAGGGCAGGGUACAAGGAAAGCAGAAAAAUGCCACUGAGAGGAGGCGGCACAUUUGCCAUGAAUGUGGAAAGAGUUUUGCUCAGAGUUCAGGCCUGAGUAAGCACAGGAGAAUCCACACUGGGGAGAAACCCUAUGAAUGUGAGGAGUGCGGCAAAGCCUUCAUCGGGAGCUCUGCCCUCGUCAUUCACCAGCGAGUCCACACUGGUGAGAAGCCAUAUGAGUGUGAAGAGUGUGGCAAGGCCUUUAGUCACAGCUCAGACCUUAUCAAGCACCAGAGAACUCACACUGGGGAGAGGCCCUAUGAGUGUGAUGAGUGUGGGAAGACCUUCAGCCAGAGCUGCAGCCUCCUCGAACAUCACAGAAUCCACACCGGGGAGAAGCCAUACCAGUGCAGCAGGUGUGGCAAAGCCUUUAGGCGGAAUUCACAUCUCCUGAGACACCAGAGGAUCCAUGGGGAUAAAAAUGUUCAGGAUCCUGACCGUGGAGAGACCUGGGAGAGUCAGAGUAGGAUGGAAAGCCAGGAGGGACAUGUUGAGGUUCCUGUGUCUUAUAAAUGUAACGAGUGUGAGAGAACGUUCACUCAGAAUACAGGCCUUAUUGAACAUCAAAAAAUCCACACUGGUGAGAAACCCUAUCAGUGUGAUGCAUGUGGAAAAGGCUUCACUCGGACCUCAUACCUUGUUCAACAUCAGAGAAGCCACGGUGGGAAAAAAAUUCUGUCACAGUGACCCAUGUCUUAUCUGCCAAAGUUGGUGCUCAUUCCUGUUGAACUGAAGCCACCCUGGAGCCCUUCCUGACUACAGAAAUGGUGGGCUGGGCUUAAUUUACCACUACACAUCAUCAGGUGUUUGUUAGAAAACAUAGAGUCUGGCUGAGAUGAAUUAUGUUCUGCAUUCUAGAAGGUGAUUGAAAAAAACCAUAUUUGAUAGGAGGCUAUGGGAGAGUUGUCUGGAAGACGUAGCAUCUGAAAUGGUUUGUUCUCACCUAUUGGCCUUAAAAAGGCUUCCAGACUGGCUCCUCACCCUCAACCAGCACUUCAUGACGUCUCCUGGGCGGAAGGCUGUGAUUUCAGGACUGCUCCUCUAUGCAUUUUGCUAUAAUGAAUCCUCCAUGGUGGGUCAGAUUCGUGAAGUCUUAGGCUCCCCACUGUGCCUUGUACACAGGUGCUAAUAAACAUUUAUUAAAUAUACCAGUGAGAUUACCUUCAUAGCUCUGUAAAUCUGAUCUCAUCUAGAUUUCUGAGGAAUUUCUUACCAGAACUAUUUGUGCUUGUGUCUAAUUCCAAGGUUCUAGACUCUCAGUUCAUCUAGUGCAUGUUUUGCCAAACACACAGGAUUGACAGAGUGGGGGUGAGGGUGGGGUUACUGUGAUGGGGAGAAUCCA